UGUCUCUCUCGUGGCUCCUCAAAAUCCUCAGCCGCAUCUCACUUCUCUCUAUCUCUUCAAAAAAUAAAAAAAUGGCUCCCUCUUGUCUCUUCAAUGCCUCUGUAUCUUCCUUAAACCCUAAACAAGACCCCAUCCGCCGCCAUCACCACCACCACCGCUCUGCCUCCUUUCUCCGCUACCGCCCCGUCGUUGUCUCCUGUACCGCCGAUGGAACCAGCAGCAAAUCCCCGAUCGAAACAGUCGUCAAGCCUCACCGUACCGAAGACAACAUUCGAGAUGAGGCUCGUCGCAACCGUUCCACCGCCGUUAAUCCAUUUUCAGCUAAAUACGUUCCGUUUAAUGCGGCUCCUGGAUCAACCGAGUCUUACUCCCUCGACGAGAUCGUGUACCGUAGCCGCUCCGGUGGUUUGCUUGAUGUCGAGCACGAUAUGGAGGCUUUGAAGCGAUUCGAUGGCGCUUAUUGGAGAGAUCUCUUCGACUCCCGUGUUGGUAAAAGCACUUGGCCGUUUGGAUCGGGUGUAUGGUCGAAGAAAGAGUGGGUUCUUCCUGAGAUCGAUGACGACGACAUCGUUUCGGCCUUUGAAGGAAACUCAAAUCUGUUCUGGGCGGAGAGGUUUGGUAAACAGUUUCUAGGGAUGAACGAUCUGUGGGUGAAACACUGUGGUAUUAGUCAUACCGGAAGUUUCAAGGAUCUUGGAAUGACUGUUUUGGUUAGUCAAGUUAAUCGCCUGAGAAAGAUGAAGCGACCUGUGGUUGGUGUUGGAUGUGCCUCCACUGGGGAUACUUCUGCGGCUCUAUCUGCCUACUGUGCUUCCGCUGGAAUCCCAUCGAUUGUUUUCUUACCGGCGAACAAGAUCUCAAUGGCUCAGCUGGUCCAGCCGAUAGCUAAUGGUGCGUUUGUUUUGAGUAUUGACACUGAUUUUGAUGGGUGUAUGAAGCUGAUUAGAGAGAUAACAGCCGAACUGCCGAUUUAUUUGGCCAAUUCGUUGAAUAGUUUGAGGUUAGAAGGGCAGAAAACUGCAGCUAUUGAGAUUCUGCAGCAGUUUGACUGGCAAGUUCCUGACUGGGUGAUUGUUCCUGGAGGUAAUCUAGGAAACAUUUACGCCUUUUACAAAGGAUUCAAGAUGUGUCAAGAACUGGGACUUGUCGAUAGGAUCCCAAGGAUGGUCUGUGCACAAGCUGCAAAUGCUAAUCCUCUUUACUUGCAUUACAAGUCUGGUUGGAAGGAUUUCAAGCCCAUGACUGCAAGUACCACCUUCGCCUCUGCCAUUCAGAUCGGUGACCCUGUCUCUAUUGAUAGAGCUGUGUACGCUCUCAAGAAGUGCAACGGAAUUGUAGAAGAAGCCACAGAGGAGGAGCUGAUGGACGCAAUGGCUCAAGCGGAUUCAACUGGAAUGUUUAUCUGUCCACAUACAGGUGUAGCUCUUACCGCUUUGUUUAAGCUGAGGAACCAAGGAGUGAUUGCACCGACUGAUCGAACCGUGGUUGUGAGUACUGCUCAUGGGUUGAAAUUUACUCAGUCUAAGAUAGAUUAUCACUCCAAUGCCAUCCCUGACAUGGCUUGCAGAUUCUCCAAUCCUCCUGUUGAAGUGAAAGCAGAUUUCGGAGCUGUCAUGGAUGUUCUCAAGGGUUACUUAGGAAGUAAUACACUUACGUCAUAAGAGAAAGACCAUAAUCUUUAGCUGUUUUGUCUUUUCUAAAAACUUUUAGUCGUUUGUCUGUGUACUCUUCAACCCUCACCUUUCUGUUUUCUUUAUAUGUUUAUCAGUUUUCCAAUAAGUUCUAAGGCAAAGUUCGAACCUUUUCUAUGUAAACGAGUUAUCAUCUAA